AUGUCGCCGGAAGAGGAGCGCCAGGCUGCCCUUAACUCGUACCGAGCCAAGCUCACCGAGUCUCGCGAGUGGGAGGCCAAGCUCAAGAACUUGCGCCUAGAGAUUAAGGGCCUACAGAAGGAGUUUGACCGCACAGAGGAGAACAUCAAGGCGCUGCAGAGCGUCGGACAAAUCAUCGGCGAGGUGCUGAAGCAGCUCGAUGAAGAGAGAUUCAUUGUCAAGGCCUCGUCCGGCCCUCGCUAUGUGGUCGGCUGCCGAUCAAAGGUCGACAAGGCCAAGAUGAAGCAGGGCACGCGUGUAGCGCUCGAUAUGACGACUCUCACAAUCAUGCGCAUGCUGCCACGCGAAGUCGACCCGCUCGUAUACAACAUGUCUUUGGAAGACCCUGGGCAGGUCAGCUUUGCAGGUAUCGGUGGGCUGAACGACCAGAUUCGCGAGCUGAGAGAGGUUAUUGAGCUGCCGCUGAAGAACCCUGAGCUCUUCCUGCGUGUUGGCAUUAAGCCGCCCAAGGGCGUCUUGCUCUACGGACCUCCAGGAACCGGCAAGACCUUGCUGGCGCGAGCCGUUGCGUGUAGCUUGGAAACUAACUUCUUGAAGGUUGUUUCCUCCGCUAUCGUCGACAAGUAUAUCGGCGAAUCUGCACGAUUGAUUCGUGAGAUGUUUGGUUAUGCCAAGGAGCACGAGCCUUGCAUCAUCUUCAUGGACGAAAUCGAUGCCAUUGGUGGACGACGAUUCUCAGAAGGUACUAGUGCGGAUCGUGAGAUUCAAAGAACGCUGAUGGAGCUGCUCAACCAGCUGGACGGUUUCGACUACUUGGGAAAGACCAAGAUCAUUAUGGCCACCAACAGACCAGACACUCUGGACCCUGCACUGCUACGUGCUGGUCGUCUGGAUCGCAAGAUUGAGAUUCCUCUGCCCAACGAGGUUGGACGACUCGAGAUUCUCAAGAUUCAUGCCGCUGGUGUGGUUAUCGAUGGCGACAUUGAUUUUGAGAGCGUUGUCAAGAUGAGUGAUGGCCUGAACGGUGCCGAUUUGCGCAACGUGGUUACCGAGGCUGGUCUCUUUGCUAUCAAGGAUUAUCGAGACUCGAUUAACCAAGACGACUUCAACAAGGCGGUGCGCAAGAUGGCCGAGGCCAAGAAGUUGGAGGGCAAGUUGGACUACCAAAAGCUGUAA